GAAGAGCCCAGAACACCCCAGAACACCCCAGCUCCCGCCUGGGCCCAGGGCCCCGCCCUGCCCCAUUCUGCCGGCUUGGACUUGCCACCCAGCCCAGAGGGGGACCCAGCCAGUGAGGGGGGUCUCAGUGGGAGCCCCCAGGCUGCUAACGGCCCCACUUCCUCCUGCACCUCCCUGGCCCUGACCUACUGCUCGGGUGGCUGGGCCACUCACUGGGGGGACAGGUCUGACAGCAUUCCACCUCUCUCCUGGAUAAAACCUGGGGUGCCCUGGGCCAGCACACACUGUCUGGGCCCACCCCACAGCAUGGCUGAGUCCCAGGCGGCUGCCCGGGCCCCCCUGGGCACCCUCCGCUCACUGCUGCUGCUGCUGCUGGCUCCUGUAGACAGACACCCCGCUUCCCGGCCAGCCCCCCCAGCCUGCGGGAAGCGCCAGCAGCUGAACCGGAUCGUGGGUGGAGAGGACAGCUCGGAUGCUGAGUGGCCGUGGGUGGUGAGCAUCAGGAAGAACGGGACCCACCACUGUGCGGGCUCCCUGCUCACCAACCGCUGGGUGGUCACCGCCGCCCACUGCUUCAAGGGCCUCGACCAGCCGGCCCAGUUCUCCGUGCUGCUGGGAGCCUGGCAGCUGGGGAACCCUGGCCCACGGUCUCAGGAGGUGGGGGUGGCCUGGGUGCACCCCCACCCCGUGUACUCCUGGCGGGACGCCUCCCCAGCAGACAUCGCCCUGGUGCGCCUGGCACACCCCAUCCUGUUCUCGGAGCGAGUGCUGCCCAUCUGCCUGCCGGACGCCUCCGUGCGCUUCCCGCCGGGCACCGAGUGCUGGAUCGCGGGCUGGGGCAGCGUGAGCGACGGAGUGCCCCUGGCACCCCCACAGACCCUGCAGAAGCUGAAGGUGCCCAUCAUUGACCCCGAGGUCUGCGGCCGCCUGUACUGGCGCGGCGCGGGGCAGGACGCCAUCACCGACGACAUGCUGUGUGCGGGAUACCUGGAGGGCCAGCGCGAUGCCUGUCUGGGCGACUCCGGGGGUCCCCUGAUGUGCCGGGCCGGGGGCGCCUGGCUGCUGGCCGGCAUCAUCAGCUGGGGCGAGGGCUGUGCGGAGCGCGAGCGGCCCGGCGUCUACAGCAGCCUGGCGGCGCUCGGGCCCUGGGUGCGGACGGUCGUGCCCGGGGCGCCGCUGGCCGGGCGCGCGCGGGGGGCGCGGGGGGCGCGGGGUGACGGGGCUCGGGCCGCCCGGCCUGUGACGCCGCCGCCGCCCGCUGGGGGCGCCCGCGAGCCGGCAGCCCGCUCGUGCAUAGCUGCUCUGUACAGUCGUUUGUAGCCGCGCCGCCUAGUUCUUCUCCUCAAUAAAUUAUUCAC